AUGUCUUCAAGUCUAACUUGUGCCGGGAUGCUGUGGGCUACGCUGUCCCUGCUGUGUGCUGCAGCCUCCUGCACCGGCUUCUUCAUGCCCUACUGGUUACUGGGCUCCCAGCUCGACAAGCCGGUCAGUUUCGGCGUGUUCCGCCGCUGCACCUACCCGGUGCGCCAGGAAGGUCAGCUGCAGUCGGUGGUCAUGGUGGAGCAGUGCGGCAGAUACGCCUCUUUCCUGGGUAUCCCCAGCCUGGCCUGGAAGAUCUGCUCGGUGGUGACCGGGGUGGGAUGCGGUCUCCUCCUGCUGGUGGCGCUCACUGCGCUCAUGGGCUGCUGUGUUUCCGAGCUCAUCUCCAGGACAGUGGGCAGGGUGGCUGGAGGCAUUCAGUUCGUGGGAGGUCUACUGAUUGGCUCUGGUUGUGCCCUGUAUCCCCUGGGCUGGAAUAGUGAAGAGGUGCAGCAGACCUGCAACAAUCUCUCAGACCAGUUUGAGCUAGGUACUUGCCAGCUGGGAUGGGCCUAUUACUGUACUGGAGGAGGUGCUGCGGCUGCAAUGCUUCUCUGCACUUGGCUGGCUUGCUUUGCUGGCAAGAAACAGAAACAGUAUCCAUACUGAAACCCCAAAUAUGGACAAAGAAACAGCUCUGAGCAAGAGGGCUGUGGAGGAGGAAAACUGCAGGCAGAACACUUUAUGGAACUUGUCCAAUGUUUCUGUUCAGUUUCGCUGAUUGCUCCGAAUGAAAUUCAAAAUCUGAAAUGAGAAGAUUGCAAACUGAAUGUCAAUCCGAGUAAAAGACUCAAGGCCUGGGUUUUAUGAACCUUUUUCUUUCCUUUUUAAGUGCUUGUUGCUAGGAUACAUAGUGUCAAGGCCUUUCAAAUCAUUCAUGGGGAAGGAUAGUGCUGGACAAGUUCUCUUUUUUUUCAGACUGAAACUCACUCAUGUUAAAGCAGAGGUUCCCUGUAACUGUUAAUGAUGCUUCAGAACGAAUGGAGACCCUUGAGGAAGAUGUUUCUGUUUGUUUGGCUACAGACAUGUUUUCACUGAUCGAGAACUUCCUAGAAUGGCUCCAUAGGAAAGAGGAACUGAUUACAGAACAGCCGGUCACUUGUUUUUCUGGGAUCAGUGACUCUUGGGGCACCUCUCAAGCUCAUUUGUAAAGAAGUCAUGCCUUCUGUUCGCUUUCAAGCUGCUUGGAAGUUUCAGAGAACACACUCUGCUCAGGGGAGUCAAUCUGCAAGUUGGCAGAAAUAGUCACCAUUUUUUUGUUUCCUAACAAAAGAUUUAUGGUGAGCCUAUUAUUCUGCUCUGUACAUUGUAGAAUAAUUUGAAAGGAUGGCACUCCUUUCACAUUUUUUCACCUUUUUAGAUAAGGCUGUUCAAUGGACCAAUUUACUAGUAAAAGCCUUUUUUUACAUACAUGUACAUAACUAUAAAUAUUAUUAUCUAUCCAUAUGUACACAAAAAUGGGUACAAUUGUGUAAUUUGGUGACAUUGUUAAAAUUUAGUAAAUGUACUUAAUAGCAUUAUUUUAUGUUCUGUUCCAUAUUAUCAUGUCAAGGUAUAUUGUAUUCAACAUGUGUAUUCUUCAGUAUAUAGGUUUGUAUGGUACAAGUUUGUAUCAGUGUUUUGCUGUUACUGUAUACAAGUAACAGUCACUUUCUAUGCAGAUAUGUAACAAAUCCUGUAAACGGCAAAAAUACAGUAGUUUUGGGCAUGGAUUCUCCUCUUCAUGCCAGAGAAGGGUCAGUGCAGUAAUUCUAAACAAUAGUCUAAUUAUGUUGUAAAUCCAGCCCAAUCUCCUGGGCUAGGGGUCAUUAUGUCUGCAAGGUUGUCUCUAUGGCAGCAAGUGGGAAGAGAUCCCUGCACUCCACCAGUGCAAAUAAGGAGAAACUCUCUGGUUUUGCAAAGACAACACUGCUGCUGCACCAGCAGAACAGAAGACAUUUUUAACUCGUCACAAAGAUCGGAAUUAGGUUUCACUAUUCGGGCUCAAAACCCAACAAAGUUUUGGGUAUAUGGGAUAAUUGGAAGGAGGGAAAGACACCCAUUGAGGGGCUCUUUCUUGAUCAGUGGUAGGGAGGCAGUGAGAUGCUGACCCAGAGAUCACCACCACCCUCAAUAGAUGGUACUUCAGGGGACUGAAGUCAGGGUUCACGCGCCCUAUCAUUAUCAAAUGAGGAUAGUCAUCAUGAUGGGACAUGUGGGGGAAAAUCCAGGUGGGGGCAGCAAUCAGUAGUAGACUUCACUGCUUCAUUUUCCCACCAGUCUAACCACUUUCCAACCUGAUUUGAGGUGAAAGAUAAUCCAAGCCUUUUGUCUCUUUAUAAUUUCAAACACCAAAAAUUACAUUAUUCUUCACUGGUCAGAAGUCAUGACUGCAUCAAUACUCGACAAAGUGGGCAUGUGAUAGAACAUACAUGUCUUCACAGCAGAAUUUAUCUUGGAAUUAUGUCCACCAUAAGUUCCUUAAGACAAAACUCUACUCUGUAAUUAUAGCUCUGCUUUGAGAUCGCCAGCAUCUCAGUUCACAUGUGGGGCCUCAUCUCUCAUUUUUGACCUCAAUGCUGGAUUGCAGACUCAUCCUGUGAUAAAGAGCAGUUGGAAUUGUCAAAUAAAGUUUCUCCCUUGAAUUUACGAAAGAACUGAUAGAAAAACAUGACAGAAAGUGGCAUUCUUCCUUGCUGUUGAGUUUAUCUGCUUCUGUUUGGUGGAAUAAUUAUUUCUGAAAGGUUUGGUCUUAACACAUUGAUACACAAAUAACGUUCUGAGGCAGGGUCACCGGACCCAAAAUGUUAACUCUGUUUUUUCUCUCCACAGAUGCUGCCAGACCUGCUGAGCUUUUCCAGUAACUUCUGUUUUUGUUCCUGACAUAUACACCCAGUUUUCUGGGUCACCAGAUCUGUCAAACCCAAAUAGACCAUGGUAUAAAACAAACCCUAAAUGGAAGCAGGCUCUGAGUUUAAUUGACAGUUACUGUUGAGACACACAGUAGUUAAAUAUUUACUCACCAGGAACCAUCUGGCUCAUAGGUGUCUUGCCGCAGGCGGUUCAAAAUCAGGUUUGGACUAAAAAUAUAAAGUGAACUUCUUGUCAAGUAAAACUUCUUACGCACAUCAGAUCGGAAUUUUGGAUUCAAAAGUGAGAGAUUUUUGCUUGACAUUUACACCUUUGAAAAUAUUUGGGCCUGUGACUGAAAACCUGAAGUAUCCUAGCCCAAAUUAGAAAACUAACCAAAAGGCAAAAUGUGAACUGAGAUCACAAAUAAUUAGGUAGCUCUGUUGUAAUAUACAUUGAGCUGAACAAUCCAACAGCUUUGUAAAUUCCAAAUAGUUGAUGGGAAAAGUGGUAGAGUUAGAAUUUGAAAUGUAUUGUGACUGAAGGUGGUCACAAGAGUUGUUUUGUGAUCAUGUUUAAAAACAUGCCUUCAAAGCACAAUAUCAAAUAAUUGUAAAAUAUGUUCCCUAGAAAUUGUUUGUGUGAUUGUUGAGGUCUUUCUGAAAUCUUGGGUAUGUUCUCAAUCCCCGAGCAACAGCCUGGAAUAAGAGCGAGAUGAUUAAACAUUUAUAGGAAUACUUAAUAUAGAUGCUAAAUCUGUCAGUGCUCAAAAUGGUCCCAAUUCUCCAAAAUAGAUUAAUGAUUUAUAACAUUCUAAUAUCAUUAGUUGAAGGUACUUAAAUUUGUUUAUGUUAUGUUAUCCUCAAGAUAUCUCCCAUACCUCAAUUUGUGAUGCAGAUGAAAGCUUUAAUGUUAUAUUGAUUAUCAAGAGGUCACCAUGUCCCAUUUAGUUGACUGUAGCUAUAGAGUAAUUUUUUUUUAAAGUCUAAAGGCACUUCAGAUAUGGAAUAGAACUAAAUGCAGUAAUUGACAGAAUUUAGGUCAUCAUCAGAAAUUUGCUUUACAUGUAAUACAAAUACCUGAAAGCUUUAAAAUUAAAGAUUGAGGGUUUACAGGAGAGUGAGGUUCAUUUCAGCCAGAUUAUUUUAUUUAAAGUGGUUGGAGGAUUAGUUGCACUGAAAUUCUCUUCAACAAGCAUUUCAUUGAUUGGAACCAUCUCAUAAGGAUGUUGAACUAUGUGAGGGUGAAAUUUAACUUCUCUUAAUACAGAGGAAAGCCAGUGCAAUACGUAAUCUAUGAUUUUCCAAUUGGUUUCUCCCAAACUCCCCCCACAGCUUCACCAUUGCUUUCUGUCAUCCCACCCACAAGCUGUUGCUUACAAAAACAGCAGGUCCCAAAAUUAUCAGGAUGAAGUGAUGUACAAUGGUAGGAAGUUUUGGGAUGAAACGCUGAUGAACUGACUGAUGAACAAUGUAGGAAGUUUUGGGAUUGGAAUUCUUAACAGAAGCAUGCCCUCUCAUGCAUUGCCAAUCUCAGGCAUGCCAUAAGUAGAGUGAAGGCAAAAUUAUUUGCUUGGUCCACUUCUGAUUCAUUCCUGGUACCUCAAGAACGUCGUAGUCAGAGAAUGUGGAACAGUCUGUCUACUGUUUGACUUAACAUUUACCUUACACCUACUGAAUAGCUUGGUGUUAAGUUGAGAAGCAGAAUAAAGUAACUUCAACAAGAUGGUGUGCACCUCAAGGACCAACAGGGAUCAAUAUGAUCUUGCCCUCCAUUGUCCUCUAUUGGUCCAUUUAGAACCUGCCACAGGAUAAUUUUUUUUCUGCUGACUGAGCAAGAAUUGCUGUUCUUUUGUACUCUACAUAUACAUGCUACUAUUAUAUGCAUAUAUAAAGUAUAAUUCUAUUACGUACAAGUUUGUACAUUAUUAAGUAUUGCCACAAUAAGGCUACCGGCAUGCAGACUAUAACCUACUUCAUAUAAAACAAAGAUGUAUGCCAAGUGCUGCUGCUUCUGAGUACCACAAAUAUGUUACCAUAAGAUCAUCAUAUUUUGUAAGCUUUCCAAGCUACCAAUUCGGGGAACACUAAAGCUGAGAGCAAUUCUGAACUUAAUGUUAUGUUUGUCUGCACUUGUUACUCAAUGCUGCAAUCCAAAUCUGUAUUUCUUUCCAAUAUAUUGUUUGCAAUUUUUAAUACUUUGCAACACGUCAGUGCAACUGUUAAAUAACUGAUUUGCAAAAAAACACCAUGUACUUUUGCU